ACAUAUUAUCUCAACUACAACAUGCUAAAUAGUGGAAUUAAAAUAUUUAUAUUUUUAAUAAUCCUUUACCAAUCAGCCAAUAUAAUUAACUCUCAGAAAACCUGGACCUAUGAACUACUUGAACUUGAUUUCGAAAGUAGUGACAAGGAUUUCAUUGAUGCUGAUCUAGAAGUUUUACGUAUAGCACGCGGUGUUUUUGGCAUUAAUGGUUUUAUUGAUAUUAAACAGCCCAUCGAUGAAUCCUUUAGCAUGGAAGUGAUUUUCUUUCGUGAUAAAUACUGUCAGGAAAAUUAUGAAAGACAACUCUAUUCGGUGGGUAAACAAUCGUUUGCUGAUGGCAUGAAUAAAUUCUAUAGGAGAAUUUUAAUGGACAGCUUAAGAAAUUGUACAACUGAUGCGCCAAUAUUUAAUAAAUUCGAACCACCUCUAACGAAACGUUUAAUUGUAUUCGAUAAAUGUCAAAUCUCAACGGAUAAUUUACCCUCACAUGUGGAUGAUGGUUGUUAUUUGGUUAAACUAAAUGUUUAUGGUGAAGUUGAAGUUAAUUUUUCCGGAAAACUUGUUGUUGAAAGAAUUUUUGGAAUUUAAUUUGAAAUAGUUUUGAAUAUUUUAUGUGUGUGGUUUUGAUUUUUGGCAUCGUUUUAAAAAGUAUUGGAAUAAAAAGGAAUAUUGAAAAUUUUUAA